GAUAUAUAUUAUAAUAAUGAGUUUGUAAUGGUAAAUUCUUAACUACUUAAUAAUACCACGAGAAUGUUAUUUACUUAUACCGAAUAAAGAACAGGUUUCAUUAAUAAAAAAAAUAAAAAAUUUCCAUACCAUGUGCUUUACACGCGCAUGUGUAUACCACUGAUGAGAGUCGCUUUAACCAAUCUCUCGCCGCAUCAAUAAAAUUGAGGUUAGAAUACGUCCGGGGCCGGGGGUAUAUAUAUGUAUAUAGCAUUUCAGCUGACGUUGAAAUGACACUCAAAAAUUGCAGAGUGUAUAAGUAUUAACAUUAACUACUUAUAUACUUAUACAAGCUCUAGCGACGUGUGCGUCGAAAUAUUAGUCCCAGAACUCCCAAAGUAUAAGAUGAUAUACUUAUUAGCGUUAUAAAGAUGUUUGAUUUCUUCACGAUUUACAUCGAAACAGUAAAUUUGCUUGGAAGGAUGAAGAAUUUGUUAAAAAGAACACUUUAUAUAUAAAAUUUAAAGUGGUUAAUCGAACAAUCAAUACAUUUUAAAUCACAAAGUAUUUGAGACAAAUUUUUUCUUCAAUUGGAGGUAUUAAAAAAGAGAACAUUCAAUAUGGUCAAUGCAAGCAUGACUUACUGUCCACCAAAUAUUUCGUUUAAUGAAAUUUGGGUGAACCAUGGAACUUCAAAAUGUUUUAUGGACACCGUUAGUUCUGCUGUGAUUGCAUUAUAUUUGCUAAUAUUUGGUUCAACUCAACUAUGGAUGUACAGGCGAUAUGGAACUGAAAUUGACUUCCAUACAUUACCUAGAAGCAAGCUAUAUAAUUUCCAAAAGUUUUUGCUUUUCUUUGUACCUAUUCUCAGUCUUCUCAGAAUUAUUUUGCAAGCAACAGUUUUAGAUGACAAGCAAGUUUAUGGAUACAUGGUUCUUUCAACAAUUUUAACAAUAAUAGUUUAUCCAUACUCUGUAUAUGUUUUAAGUGUUGAAAGACACAAAUUGUUACCAAGUGUUCCAACUCGAGGUCAUGGCAUUGUUUUACUUGGAUUUUGGACAUUAGCAUUUGUUGCAGAAAAUCUUGUUUUUAUUAAUCUUUCAAAGUUGGAAUGGUGGUUCAAACUGGAUUCAUUGUCCGACAAAAUAGAGAUGGUACUAUUUACCUUGCGCUACUGCAGUAGCCUUGUCAUCUUUGUUCUUGGAUUGCGUGCUCCUGGAAUUGUAGCUAAUACACCAAGUAACUAUCAUAGUUUUGAAGAUGGUGCGGAUAGCCAAACGAGACAUAUUGAAGGUCGUCCAGAUGAAAAUGUUUCUACAUGGAGGAAUGCAUGGUACAAAAUUAAAACACUUGCUCCGUUUCUGUGGCCAAAGAAGAGCGUUUUGCUUCAGUUCAGCAUAACCUUCUGUUUCAUAUUACUUAUUGCUGGAAGAUUGAUCAAUGUGUAUGUUCCUAUUUACAACAAGAAGAUUGUUGAUAGUGUAACUGAUACUCCUGGAAAAUUCAGGUGGGACUUAAUACUUAUUUAUGUAGCAUUCAAGUUUCUCCAAGGUGGUGGCACAGGUGGAAUGGGUUUGUUGAAUACACUGAGAUCAUUUUUGUGGAUUCGUAUUCAACAGUAUACAACUCGAGAGGUUGAAGUCGAGCUCUUCAGGCACUUGCAUGGUUUAAGUCUACGCUGGCAUCUUGGUCGUAAAACGGGAGAAGUACUUCGUGUUAUGGAUCGUGGAACUGACUCUAUCAAUAACUUAUUGAAUUACAUUUUAUUUACUAUUUUACCUACAAUCGUGGACAUAAUUGUAGCAGUAAUAUUUUUCAUUAGUGCCUUUAACAAAUGGUUUGGAUUGAUUGUCUUUACAACAAUGUUACUGUAUAUUGCUGCUACAAUUGGCGUUACUGAAUGGCGUACCAAAUUCCAACGACGAAUGAAUUUGGCUGAUAAUGCUCAAAAAGCCAGAAGUGUUGAUAGUUUGCUCAAUUUCGAAACUGUAAAAUACUAUGGUGCUGAAGAUUACGAGGUUAAAGCUUACAAGGAAGCAGUACUAAAAUACCAAAGUGAAGAAUGGAAAUCUUUGGUGUCACUGAAUUUUUUAAAUACACUUCAAAAUGUAAUCAUUACUUUGGGACUACUUGCUGGAUCUUUACUGUGUCUUUACAUGGUUGUGAAUAACGAAGGCUUGACCAUUGGUGACUAUGUCCUAUUUGCCAGUUAUAUCAUGCAACUUUAUGUACCAUUAAAUUGGUUUGGAACUUACUACAGGGCUAUACAAAAAAAUUUUGUUGAUAUGGAGAACAUGUUUGAUUUACUCCGUGAAACACAUGAAGUCGUGGAUGCGCCUGGUGCAGGACCGUUAAUAGUUAACCGGGGACAAGUUGAAUUUUCAAAUGUUACGUUUGGCUAUACACCAGAAAGAAUUAUUUUGAAGAAUGUUAGUUUCAUCGUUCCUGCUGGCAAAACGGUAGCUUUAGUAGGACCCUCGGGUGCAGGCAAGUCUACCAUAAUGCGGUUGCUAUUUCGAUUUUACGAUGUCGACGAAGGCGCUAUUAUUAUUGAUGGGCAACACAUAAAAACCGUCAAACAAGAUUCUCUACGAAAGGCAAUAGGAGUGGUUCCCCAAGAUACUGUAUUAUUUAAUAAUUCGAUCAAAUAUAAUAUACAAUACGGAAAUAUCGACGCUCCAGAAGCUGACAUUAUUGCAGCCGCAAAGUACGCGGACAUUCACGAGCGAAUUCUCACAUUCCCAGAUGGCUAUGAAACUCAGGUUGGCGAGAGAGGUUUGCGUCUCAGUGGCGGAGAGAAGCAGCGUGUAGCUAUCGCCCGAACAAUGCUGAAGGCCCCAAAAAUCGUGUUGUUGGACGAAGCAACGAGUGCUCUGGACACUCAGACCGAACGUAAUAUACAGUCAGCGUUAAAUCGGGUUUGUGCUAAUCGCACGACAAUCAUCAUAGCUCAUAGACUGUCGACUAUCAUCCAUGCAGAUGAGAUCCUAGUGAUGAAGGAAGGUGAGAUUGUGGAAAGAGGCAGACACGAAGAUCUCAUAUCGCAUGGAGGAAUGUAUCACGACAUGUGGGAGGCGCAAUUGAGAAACGACCAAGAGCUCGCCGAAGAGGUCAAGCCUGAAACGGAUAUCAACGGCGUAAAGAAAAUCAAUUGACUGAUUGAUAAUGUUUCAUGAACUCGAGGCCAACCGAAAAAAUCAUUGAAUAUGUUAUUGUUGUUGAUAUAGGGACAGCGACUGCAGUUUUUGUCACUUCAUAGGACAGCGUUUUAAAAUUAAUAUAAGAAACGGUAAUCAACUUGAUCAAUUAAAUAUCUAUUUUCCAGAUUCAUAUAUUCUAGCUAUAGAAGGUAUUUUCAUACAUUAAAAUAACGUCCACAAAUAUCAUGGCAUCUAAAUGUAGUUCCGUUAUAAAUAAUCGUGUAAGUUUUCACAGAUUAUUUUUGUAAAAAUUGGAAAAAAUGAAAAUUAUUUAUUCAGUGAGAAAGUAGCAAUAUUCAGUAGGUUGUAGCAAUAAGAGCUCUUCAAUAGAUUAACAUUUUUUAUAAUGCGAGAAGUUUGUACGCGUUUUUAAACUGAUUCAAAAUUUAAAAUACAUGUUAAUAAAGGUAAUAAGUUGUUUUGAAAAGAAGCAACGGUAUAGUAAAAAGAGAAGAAUUAAAAGAGAAAAAUCUAAUCUAUCAAAGGUAAAAUAUUGUAUAGAAUAGCUAGAUGCGUUCAUCCAUAGUGACCUAUCUAAGAACAAAUAGAUCUAGUAUUAUUGUUAAUUGAAUAAAAGUCAGAUGUAUUAUUUAAUUUAUUAUAUUUGAAUGAAUCUUCUACAAAAAUAAAAUCGUCUACAAGUU